GAACCGGUUUUAGUUUCAGCUGAUGUCAAAAAGAUACCUGAACAUGCCCUCAUCUUUGUACCAGUCUUACACGAAGCUCAUUUCUAUUGUGUAUGCUUUAAUUUAAGGGACAUGAAGGUAGAAGUUUUGGACAACAGCGCUAAGGAUGUCUCAAUGCAAGCGAAAUACAAAAAAAGGCCGGAAAAAUUGCGUGAUGCUUUAUCGGUGUACUUGGAAAAAAAUGGGCAUCCGGCGGGCGGGGUGAUCGAUAAAGUUGAGCCGGUACGAUUGGAAAUGCCAUGGCGUACAAAAAAUAAUGUAAUCGAUUGUGGCGUCUUCCUGAUGCGCCAUAUGGAAACAUACAAGGGCGUAUCUGGAAAAGGUUGGGAAUGCGGAUUCUCAAAUGAGUGCACUGAUGCGGGUGAGAUUUCAUACAAGCAGAGCAAAGAGAUUGAUGAUCUGCGGCGUAAGUACAUUACGAAGAUGCUCCUAAGUGAAGGAAACGAGUACAGAGGUUUUGUUAAAGCUGAGGUUGCUAAAUAUAACAAGUUGACGGCGGAUGAAAAAAAGAGGCUAGAAGCAAAAGCCUAUGACACAAUCCUUGCAAGAUUGGAUAACUAGCUUAAAAUGACAUGUUCUCGAAAAAAAAACUUUGUUAGCGGUAGUUUGUUGACGUAUUGUGCACUGAUUUUCUUAAAACCCAGUUUAACCGUUUUGUUCAGUUAUC